AUGACCAUCAUCGACAUCGACAAGGACCUCCCAACUCUGUUCCAGCAGCAGGCGCACGCGACUCCAGACGCGAUUGCGCUAGAGGAUGACACCACAAAAUAUACAUAUGGCGAGCUCAGCAACGAGGUUGAGUCGCUGGCAAAUCGUCUCCGGCAGUACGGAGUGAGCCGAGACACGCUGGUAGGCGUCUUGCUACCACGAAGUGCCAAUUAUGUGAUCGCCUGUCUGGCUGCCCUUCGUGCUGGAGGUGCAUUCCUGGUCCUCGAGCUCGCAUAUCCACCCGGUCUUCUGGCUGAUGUGAUUGACGACGCAAAGCCCGCUGUGGUCAUCACUGACCUGGCCAAUGCUCCCAAAAUCAAGGCCCAAUGCCCACUGAUUGCUCUCGAUGAACCAACGUCUGAGCUGAACGGACAUGCCAAAGAAGCUGCUCCUUUACCAGCUGAGAACGAUCUUGACCGACUGGCUUUCGUUUCUUACUCUUCUGGAACUACCGGCAAGCCCAAGGGAAUUGCAAACCCCCCAGCAUUUGCUGUGCAAGACCUACAGCCCGGUGACCGAGUUGCCUGUAAUGUUUUCUUCAUUUGGGAGAUGCUUCGCCCGCUACUGCGAGGUGCCACAGUUGUUGCUGUGCCCGACGAUGUCAGUUAUGACCCAGCUGCGCUGGUCGACUUGCUCGCAUCGAAGAAGAUUACCGAAACUCUCAUGACUCCGACCCUUUUGGCGACUGUUCUCUCGCGUUAUCCUCACAUCGCCACCCGUCUCCCCGAUUUACGAACACUCUGGCUGAACGGCGAAGUUGUUUCAACCGAUCUCGCUCGCCGAUCCAUCAAAGCUCUCCCUAAUACCCGCUUGCUCAAUUGCUAUAGCGCCUGCGAAACACACGAAAUUGCCUGUGGAGAUAUCCGCGAUAUCAUCGAUCCUGAGUCCAUUUAUUGCCCUGUUGGCCCUCCGCUGGAUCCUGCUCAUACAUAUAUUGUCGACGAAAACGGCGAAGACGUUGGUGUGGGAACUUCAGGUGAACUCUUCGUCGGAGGCGACCUGCUGGCUCGGGAAUAUCUCAAUCUUCCCGAGACAACAGCGAAAGCCUUCACCCCCAACAAAUUCGAUCCCACGCCCGGCGCCCGCAUGUAUAGAACGGGCGAUCUAGCACGCAUGUUACCUUCCGGUCUCCUGGAAAUCACCGGUCGCGUUGGUGCUAUGAUCAAACUUCGCGGAUAUUCCGUCGUCCCGGCCAAGGUCGAGAGCGAUAUUUGCCAAUACAUGGCUGUCAGCCACUGUGCAGUUACUGCGCAUGGAGAGGGUCUCGAGAAGCAAUUGGUUGCAUACAUUGUUCCUGAUGAAGCUUCCGAAGAUCGCCCAACAGUCGAAAUCAACGAGUCUGGCCACAGCCCAGCUGCUCGUCGCAUCCUCGAGCCUUAUCUCGCUCAUUAUAUGAUACCCGCCCUGUGGGUCGAGCUGAAGGACCUUCCAACCAACGAUGUCUCUGGAAAGGUCGAUCUGAAGAGCCUCCCGCCUCCCCGUAGUGCUAGCCCUAGCGGCAGCGAGAAGACGCUGGACAAGGACCCCAUCAGCAUUGGUGACAUUGCGGCCAUCUGGGCGAAUGUUCUGAAGACCUCGAAGUCUCUUCUUAAGCCGGAAGACAACUUCUUUGAUCUUGGUGGUCACUCUUUGUCGCUGGCCGACCUGUCGUCUCGACUUACUAGACACUUUGGCUUCCGCGUGCCCAUCCCUCGUCUCGCCGAGGAUACCACCCUCGCAGCUCACCUAGAGACUGUGCGUGCUGUCAGAGAUGGUCAUACUGCAGCAGUUCAAGCGGAUCUCCCGGCUGUCCUACUCGCCGAUUCCACCCUGGACGACGACAUCAAGCCUAUUGAAAACACAAAGAUCACAUCUAUUGCAUCCGCCGAUACAGUUCUGCUGACCGGUGUUACUGGAUUCUUGGGAGCGUUCCUCUUGCAUGAUCUGUUGGAGAACACAUCUGCUAAGAUUAUUUGUCUUGUGCGAUUCAAUGACCCCGAAGAUGACGACCAAGCUGGCGGUGUUGCUCGAAUCCGUCGCAACCUGCUUGAUUUGGGUCUUUGGAAAGAUACCAUUAUGGAGCGUGUCGAGGUUCUUCCCGGAAAUCUUUCUCGACCCCAAUUUGGUCUCUCGCCAGAGGCAUAUGAUGAUGUUGUUGGCCGAAUCCAAGUCAUUGUGCACGCGGCCGCCACUGUCAACCUCGUCUACCCCUACGCUGCACUUCGGGCUGCCAACGUCGGCGGAACUCGAGAGGUUCUUCGUCUGGCUUCUAAAGCUGGCGCGACCGUGCAGUAUGUUUCGACAAACGGUGUUCUGCCUCCGUCCGGAGAGAAGGGGUGGGCCGAGAGCACUAUGCUGGAUGUUGCGGAAGUUCCCACCAAGCUGCUCGAUGGAUACGGUCAAACCAAGUGGGUUGCUGAACAGUUGGUCCUGAAGGCUGGUCAGCGGGGACUCCCUGUGAAGAUUCACCGAUGUGGUACUAUCAGUGGCCACAGUUUGACUGGUUCUGCCAAUGCCUGGGAUCUUUUGACUGCUCUCCUCGUCGAGUCUAUCCGACUGGGAUUCGCCCCUAAUGUUGAGGGGUGGCGCGCCGAGAUGACCCCUGUUGAUUUCGUCAGCAAGUCUAUCAUUCACCUUGCGACCCAGACCGACUCUGUGGUGGAUCAAACGGUCUUCCAUCUUGGCGACCCCCGUCCAGUAAACACCGGCUCCGUCUUCGAGAACUUAAAGGAGCUUGGAUAUCCCACCGAGUCGCUUCCCUGGGACGAAUGGGUGGCUCUUUGGUUCGAGAAGCGCGGAUCAACCAAGGGCGGUGAUGGUUCUUUCACUGUCGACAUUCUUCGCAGUGGCAUGCCGACUGUCGAGUUUCUGCGUGGCAUUGUUGUGCUUGACAACGCCUUGACCAGACCUUUCCGUGAGGUUGUUGAGCGUCCCAAAGUGGAUAGUAUCCUUCUGGAAACGUAUGCUCGUCACUGGUUUGCUCGUGGCUGGCUUCCUCGGCCUCCUUCUCGUCAAAAUGCCCUCGGUCGCUCGGUGCAGGUCUCUGUCAAGGGCCCCCUGAGUGGUAAGGUGGCUGUUGUGACCGGAGCUUCUUCGGGCAUCGGGGCAGCAGUUGCAUCGGCGCUGGCCAAACAGGGUGCAGCAGUUGCUAUUGGUGCUCGCCGUCUCGAUGCGCUGGAGUCCGUGAAGACCAAGGUUGAAGCACACGGUGUCAAAUGUAUCGCCAGAUCGACCGAUGUUACCAACAAGUCGCAGACUGAAGCUCUUGUCCAAGCGGCUACUGAAGAGCUCGGCGAGGUCGAUAUUCUUGUCGCAUGUGCUGGUGUUAUGUACUUCACCAUGAUGGCAAACACCCAGAUGGAUGAGUGGGAGCGAACCGUCGACGUCAACUGCAAGGGUCUUCUCAAUUCCAUUGCUUCUACCGUUCCAGGAAUGUUGUCGCGCGGUCGCGGUCACGUCGUUGCCAUCUCCUCCGAUGCCGGACGUAAGGUCUUCCCAGGUCUGGGAGUUUACUCCGCCAGUAAGUUCUUCGUCGAGGCUACUCUUCAAGCUCUUCGUCUGGAGACUGCUGGCCAAGGCCUUCGUGUCACUAGUGUUCAACCCGGCAACACUUCCACCCCGUUGCUGAACAUGUCUACCGAUGCCGAGGCCGUGAAGAAAUUCGGUGAGCCGUCUGGUGCGAAGAUCCUGGAACCAUCUGAUAUUGCCAACUCGAUCAUUCAUGCCCUGUGCCAGCCGGAAUAUGUCUCUGUCAACGAGAUGUUGGUUGAGCCCCGCGAUGAGCCUAUUUGA